GAGAAGAUAAGAGAAGUGAACAGAAAAGACCAGAGAGAAGAGAAGAUAAGAGAAGAGAACAGAGAAGAGAACAGAAGAGGACAGAAGAGAAGAGAGCAGAAGAGAAGAGAGCAGAAGAGAAGAGAGCAGAAGAGAAGAGAGCAGAAGAGAAGAGAGCAGAAGAGAAGAGAGCAGAAGAGAAGAGAGCAGAAGAGAAGAGAAGAGAAGAGAGCAGAAGAGAAGAGAGCAGAAGAGAAGAGAAGAGAACAGAGAAGAGAACAGAAGAGGACAGAAGAGAACAGAAGAGAACAGAAGAGAAGAGAGCAGAAGAGAACAGAAGAGGACAGAAAAGAAGAGAGCAGAAGAGAAGAGAGCAGAAGAGAAGAGAGCAGAAGAGAAGAGAGCAGAAGAGAAGAGAGCAGAAGAGAAGAGAGCAGAAGAGAAGAGAGCAGAAGAGAAGAGAAGAGAAGAGAAGAGAAGAGAAGAGAAGAGAACAGAAGAGAACAGAAGAGAACAGAAGAGAACAGAAGAGAACAGAAGAGAAGAGAAGAGAAGAGAACAGAAGAGAACAGAAGAGAAUAGAAGAGAACAGAAGAAAACAGAAAAGAGCAGAGAAGAGAACAGAAUAGAACAAAAGAGAUAAGAAGAGAAGAGAAGAGAGCAGAAAAAAAAGAAAAGAGAAGAGAACAGAAGAGGACAGAAUAGAUGUGAGGAAGAAGAGAAGUUUCAAAGUUUUAUUUGAUUGACUAAAGUUAAUAAGUAAAAAAGA